ACGUUAGGACAACAAUCGGACAUUUCCAUAAUAACAGUAUUUGAUUAGAAUUCUAAGGUAGUCCAAAUAUUAAUUAAUUUGCUAUAAGCCUUAAGGAGAAUUAAGUUUUAUAUUAGGUGUUAUAUUAAGGGACUGAGAAAGUUAAUCGGGAAUACCGAUUGGAUAAGACGUUUUCAUCCCGGAUUGUACAAAUAGAGUUUGUGGGAAGUUACUAAUUUACUUGUAAAUUGGCAGCCGUCGGAUUUGUAGCAUUGGCAAGCAGUGCAGUUUAUACCAAGGGGGAACAACAUGAACAUUUUUCUAUACCUUGUUGCCGCUGUUUGCAGCUGCAAGUGUUUUUUGGCCCACUCUUUGGCUCUCCCAUACAGCACCUACGGCCUAAAGACUGCCAGGAAACGAAAUUACGAAAACGACGCUAGCUGUGUCAGUAUCCAACAGCUUGAAGUAUUUCAGGCCCAAUUUCAUAACUCAGUGGACAAAGACCGGGACGGAAAGGCAAGCUUUGAGGAAGUGAAACACUAUCUAUCUAAAUACAACCCCGUUAUCAAGGACUCCGAAGUAGGAAACUUCAUCCAACGAAGAGAUAUAAAUGGUAAUGGGAUUAUUGAUUUUAUCCCGGACUACAUAACAGAAGUUGUGUCCCCUUCUUAUGGCCUCUCUAAGGCUAAGGAGUGGUUCCAGUUGGAAGAUUCUAAUAGAGAUGGAUAUGUGUCCAGGGACGAGUUGAUUCAGAUCGCUAUUAAUGUCGGCCUCUCCCCUCGGGACGCACAGGACACUGUGGACAUGUUUUAUAUGACGGGGGAUAAAAAUGGCGAUGGGAAACUUAAUUGGGAAGAAUACUCCUCCGUAGUGAUGUAAGAGAGAAGGUCGAAUGCAGGGAACAAUUGUUAUGCAGUGUUUCGCUAUGUGGUUUUGUUUGCAAAGAUUUUUCGAAAAUAAACUUAUUGACUCGA